AUGAUGUACUCUCUUAUUACCAUGUCGAUUACGUUGGCGGCGAUUGCUGCUCAAGCAUCUGCGAGCAUUUACCCCGUGUCUAUACCCCAAGGCUUCUUUCCUGGCGCCAAUAACGGAGUGAUUGGAUCAUGGUAUCGUGCCAGCGCUGGCCAGGAUGCAACAAAUGGCCAGAGUUGGUGCGGGUACACGUACAAGAACAGUGAUCCCAUCUUUGCUGUGUCUCUAAAAGCGAUGGGAGGGGCGACGUAUAACUCCAACCCAGAUGCCUGGCGAGCGCAGAGCCGCAAAUACUGCGGCUUGGAGGCCCAGGUCACCGACCCGUCUACGGGAAAGACGUCACUUCUUUACAUUGGAGACGCAUUCGAUGAUGCAUGGAUCAAGAGAACUGGAUCCAUCGAUAUCAUGAUUGACGCUUUUUCCAAUCUACACGGCAAUCCCAACGGCAACAAAAAUACACUGGCCGUCGAGCGGAGCCUCGUCGUCCCAGGCAUCACAGAUAACCUCUACGACGGCGAAUCCUCCAUCGGCAAGCGGAGGAGCGGCUGGCGCAUCCUGUGA